AUGCCGAGACUGAACGACUUUGACCUCAUGGGCGUGCAGAUGGAGGCCCUGAAGACCGGCAAGGCUGUCUACAAGCCAAUCUACAACCACGACACUGGAAACAAGGACCCUCCCGAGCUCAUCGAGCCAAACAAGAUCAUGGUGUUCGAGGGCUUGCACCCCAUCUACGAUGAGAAGGCCCGAUCGCAGCUCGAUUUGGCGAUCUACAUCGACAUCGUGAAUGAUGUCAAGUUCGCGUGGAAGGUGCAGCGCGACGUGGCGGAGCGUGGCUGGACAGAGGAGCAGGUGCGGGAGGACAUCGACAAGCGCCUUCCUGAUUUCUCCAAGUACGUGGACCCACAGAAGGCCAACGCCGACGUCGUCCUCCGAUACGAGCCCUCGGACAAGGGCCUCCCAUUCCUCAAGGUGAAGCUGAUCCAGAAGAAGGAUGGCAAGUUCCCCAUGAUCACCUUGAAGAAGGACCUCAGCCUGUCUGGAAGCGAGCCUGGCGCUGAGCUGAAGAUGUACGACGACGACUGGUUCGGCAGUCCUGUCACAGUCGUUGAGAUGGACGGCGAGAUCGACAUGGACAACAUGGAAGAGCAGCUCAAGGAGAUCGAGGCCAACAUCGAGGGCCUGCCUUCGAAGUCGGACAAGGAGCUCACAGAGGCCAUGGUCUCCCUGAAGUCUUCUCCGGGCUCGCAGAAUGGCACUGGGCUCCUUCAGACGGUGAUCGCCAUGAAGGUCAGGGAGAUCUACGAGAAGAUUACUGGCAAGGUGGCCUCCAUGGCAUGA